AUGGUAAGCAUGGUUCUCCAUCCAGCUGUUCUUGAAUUGGGCCAACGCAUAUACUCUGCAAGAGCUGUGCGAUUCCGAUUUGGUCAUGCCAAGUCCCUGGAGGAUAUAGAGGGUGAUCUCAUGCAUCUGCCAUUACUACAACCUGUAGAUGACAAGUUCAUAUGGACAUACAUGUCAGUAGAGUUUCCAAUGGCUCAGGUGAGUUGUACCGUGGAAAAUUCCUUGCAGAAGUUCAAGCUGCCAGAACCUGUUCUUUACAUUGGUGGAUUUUUGCAGAUUGAGCUGUUGCGUGGGGUUCAGAGACAUGAUAUGAAUGGUUUAUUUUACAUAUGUGUGUCUCAUGUUCAAGUGGUGGGGCGAUCACUGUCCCCUACAAUUGGUAUUGAGAUUCUUGAACCGUCGGGGAAGUUUUCAUUGAAGUAUGACUCUGAGGCUUUUGAUCAUACCUUGAAAAGCUCUUCUGAUGGUGGUCCUCCAGUCUCUUCUGUUGAAUGGGACGAUGAGGACAAUGAAGUGGAUGAGGGAGUUAUUCUCUAG